AUGGCACCGUUGCGCUGGGCAAUCGUUAGUGCGGGUACGAUAUCGCAUGAUUUUGCUUGUGCCGUGUCCACGUUGCCCGCGUCCGACCACCAGCUGGUGGCCGUCGGUGCCCGUGGGCUGGAAAAUGCACGCAAAUUCGCCGAACUGCACGGUAUACCGCGGUUCUACGAAGGGUACGAAGCGAUCGCGAAGGAUCCGGAAGUGGACGUCGUGUACGUCGGUACGGUCAACAACGCGCACUACGAGGUCAGCCGUAUGAUGUUGGAAGCCGGCAAGCACAUCCUUUGUGAGAAGCCUUUGUGUGUGAAUCGCGGCCAGGCCCGGGCCCUGCUCGACUUUGCCCGCGCACGGGGUCGUUUCUGCAUGGAAGCGAUCUGGUCACGGUUUUUCCCGAGCUACGUGCAUCUGCGCGAACGCAUCGGCCGGGGUGAUCUCGGACGGAUCGAGCGGGUCGAGGUGCAGUUUGGCUUUCCGCUCACGCACGUCGAGCGCGUCCGGAUGAAGAGCCUCGGCGGUGGCACCGUGCUGGAUCUGGGCGUUUACACCAUACAGGUGGCCAUGUGGGCGUUCCAGUCGGAACCGGUACGCAUCGAAGCGGCGGGCCAGCUGAACGAUGAGGGUGUGGAUGUCGGUGUUACGGCGACAUUGCACUUCCCCGGUGGUGGGGUGGCGAACAUUAAAACCAGCGCCAUUGAUAAGCUGCCCAACACGGCCGUUAUCAUCGGAACGAAGGGCUCUAUUACACUCCACGAUUUCUGGUGUCCCAUCGAGCUGACCGAUGUUGAUGGUACGGUGCGCUCCUACCCGCUGCCAGCAUCGAAAGUGGAAUGCAUCCUGCAGAACAGCGUUGGACUGCGGUACGAGGCGGAGGAAACACGUCGGCGCAUCUUGGCGGGAGAGCUCGAGUCACCGUCCGUAUCGCACAGCGACAGUCUGGCCAUUGCCGGGGUGCAGGAUGCGAUCCGGAAGCAGAUUGGGGUGGAAAUGCCGGAGGAUUACAUCUUCAAAAGUUAG